UUUCAACGUGAGCAGCUACACAGAAAACGGCCUCAAAAUUGCCGAAUUAAUCAAUCAACCCACAAAGCUGAACAACAACAAUUUUGGCGCUGCCGUCACAAUGCGGGAGAAAAAAGGCGGCGCCCUGCAGAAGCUCAAAAAGCGACUGUCGCACAGCUUUGGCAGAUUAACCAUUUCCCGCGAGGAUGGCGAUGACUCCACACAUCAUCAUCACCAUCAUCAUAAUCAUCAUCGCGGCGGUGGCGCCCAUCAUAAUCACGGUAAUAAAGUUCCAUUCAAUGGCUACAAUUCGGAGGAGUAUCUGGAUCGCCUCGAGCCCAAUGGCAAUAUACCCGCUGACAAAACAAAUUGCAGAUAUGGCGCACAAGAAUCUGCGAAAAAUGAUAAUAAUAAACCUAAACCACAAGACUGGCGCAGCACGGACAGCACCGACCAUCAUGAUCGCGUACAGCGACAGUUGUCGGUCUCGUCGGACAGCAAGCUGCUCGAUGAGGACAUCAGGGAGGAGAUGAAGUACCAUUCGCAUGUCGUCAUGCGACCCAAGAAGCCACCCAGACCCAAAUCCGAGGUGUUCCUCAACAAACAGGAUCCACAUCCGCGACGUAAACGCUUCAGUGCAUUUGGUGGCGACUCACCAUUUGGCAAGCAGGAAGCCUAUGUCAAACUGGAACCGCUCGGUGAAGGCUCCUAUGCGACAGUCUACAAAGGAUUUAGCAAAUUAACCUACCAGCGUGUUGCACUGAAGGAGAUCCGGCUGCAGGAGGAGGAGGGCGCUCCGUUUACAGCCAUAAGAGAGGCGUCUCUGCUCAAAGAACUGAAACACAGCAACAUUGUGACUCUGCACGACAUUGUGCACACCCGCGAGACGCUGACCUUUGUCUUUGAAUAUGUGAAUACCGAUCUAUCGCAAUAUAUGGAGAAGCAUCCGGGUGGUCUGGACCAUCGCAAUGUGCGCCUGUUCCUUUUCCAGCUCCUGCGCGGCCUCUCCUACUGCCACAAGCGUCGUGUCCUGCAUCGCGAUGUGAAGCCACAGAAUCUGCUAAUCAGCGACUGCGGCGAACUGAAGCUUGCCGAUUUCGGACUGGCCCGUGCCAAAAGUGUACCAAGCCAUACGUAUUCCCACGAGGUGGUCACGUUAUGGUAUCGUCCACCAGAUGUCCUGCUGGGCAGCACGGAGUACUCAACGUCCCUGGACAUGUGGGGAGUGGGUUGUAUAUUUGUUGAAAUGGUGACCGGUAUGCCGACAUUCCCGGGCAUACGUGAUACGUACGAUCAGCUGGAUAAGAUAUUCAAAUUGCUCGGCACGCCCACCGAGGAUACGUGGCCGGGCUGCACACAUUUCCCUGGCUACAAACCACACAAGUUGGGUUUUUAUCGACCACGCAAACUGGGUCACAAUUUUCCACGGCUGUACGACAUCAUCGAGGGCGAAACGAUAGCGAACGCGUUCCUGCAACUAAAUCCCGAGCAGCGCAUCGGCGCCGAUGAUGCACUGCAUCAUGCCUACUUUGCGCAAUUGCCAAAGAAACUCUACGAAUUGCCAGACGAAACCUCAAUUUUCACGGUGGAAGGUGUGCAGCUGUAUCAAGAGCCGAAUCGACAGAAUAAAUGAAAAUUAAAGCAGGUUCUCUCAGUGGAUGGCGUACGUUUCUAUUGUUAGACCCAAGACACCCAAUCUACACAAAAUCAGCCCAUCCCAGCAACAAUCCAGCAAACUAUAACACAUACCACAACAUAACUCUGCAAAAGCAAAAGCAACAACCAACUAAAAGAAAUUCGCAGCCAUAAUGAAUGAGUGAAGGAAAUUGAAUAUUCUGUAAAGAACUUAGUUCGAUUUCAAAUUAGGAUUUUGGAAGAAGGGAGGGCAACAGGGGGAAAGUACGGCAGAAGCAGCAGCAGCAGCAGCAUUUCAGUCAAACUCGUGCCUGGGCAUAUUAGUUAGUGAUUAGUUACCUAGGCUAUAUAUAUAUAUAUAUAUAUAUAUAUAUAUAGCUAUAUUCAACGUCAUCGUCUUCUUUAGAGCCUUGUCAUUAAGGAUACUCAGUUUAGUCAAAUUUCGUUCGAAACCGAAGCACAGACUUUUUCUAUAUACAUAUAUAUAUAUAUAUAUAUAUUUUUAAGAAAAAUACAUAUAAAUUUAGGCUUUAAGCUAAAAUCAAACAGUUUGCAAUAAUUUCU